AAGAAAAAGUUUGGUUUUCUGUCGAUCCUGUCUUUAUCCCUGUCUUUAUCGCUGUCUUUAUCCCUGUCUUUAUAAAGCCUUUAUCCCUUCUACAAAUGACUGAGCAACAGAACUCAAGGAAACCGCCAUUGCGGACCACCAUUACCAAAAUUUUGGAAAAAAACACUUGCGAUAUCCUCGACCAUCCUUUGCGGCCACCGUUCGUAAAGUGUACAAAUGGUCACUUUGUAUGCGGAUCAUGUCGUCCACAGUUGACGAAUGACGAAUGUCCUUACUGUAGAGUACCAUUGUCAACGGUUAUAAAGGAUCGUAUUUUGGACGAGAUUUUCUUUGCUGUUCAUCCAACUUUUGGUUCAGAUGCCCCAGAACCACCAUUAGGCCGGGGGGCCAACAGGUCAUUGAGUGCAACCGCUGGACCCUCAAGACUGCCAGGGGGCAGGGGAUAUCUCCUCUCCCAGUUGGGACAGGUAGCCUCUUCUCCACCACUUCCAGGACGGGGGAGACAAUUAGGCCAAUCUCCAAGUCAGAAUCUCCAACGGACAAUUGGGAGAAGUCUGAUUGAAGCAGCAUUCGAGGAGUCGCUGUGGAACACAUUGGAUAUUGACGACGCCGGGAAUUUAUUUGCACGAGUUCCAGUGCGUAGAUGAGUAGUGGUUCGGGACCCCUGCCUCCGGGGCUCGGGUUGUCUCAGCUGCGUCAGUAGGGCGGGUCAUCCUACUCGUCUUGAUCCCUUCGGGGUUCAAGGCGGGCCGGGAUGUUCCCGCCAUUAAGACUUAUCAGCUGGGACGGCCUGGGCCACGGUGGAAGGGGUUACCAUGGAACUGGAAGUUUUUUUAGUUUUUGGUCUUAACUUUCUCAGUCAGAGAAAAAAAGUUGUAGAAGAAAAAGUUUGGUUUUCUGUCGAUCCUGUCUUUAUCCCUGUCUUUAUCGCUGUCUUUAUCCCUGUCUUUAUAAAGCCUUUAUCCCUUCUACAAAGUGAGUUAUUCUUGAUAUUAUUCACAAACCUAAGUACAAUUUAGGUAAGAUGCUUAUUUCUGACCAAACUAUGCGUUUUACAGAGGAAACUGUGGAUAAUUUUUUAUCUCA